UCGUGUAGCAUUUCCCUACAAAUUAGCAAGCGUUCUUUUGUUGUACAGCGUUUUGAAAUAAAAUAAAAGUUUAAUUUGAAACGCAUCCAUUGAAACCAGUGGUUAAAAUUAACAUCUCGCAAAUAUGUCUUCCUGGGAGGAAAUACAAGCCGUUAAGGUGAAGCGUAAUAGUUUACGCGAGAAGCUGGAGAAACGUAAAAAAGAAAGACAAGAUUUGCUUGGAAGCAGUAGUCCAAGUGGUUCGGGAGCCGUUGUUGGAUUAAUUAAAAUCGAGUCGAGCAAUAACCUGACGGAGGAUAAGGGUAAACUUCUUCUGACUACAAUCAAGCUGGAUCAAACUGGAAGUGCGGACAUCGACGCAGAAGUGGAGAAAUAUCUGGUGCAAGUUCUGGCCGAUCAAAGUUUAAUACUGCCGACCAAUUCCGCCCAGAUUGCGGAACGUGUGGAAAAACACGUACAGAAAGCUGUCAUGAGGGACUCAGUUGCGUACUACCUGCAUAAGCUGGCUGGACAGAAGUUAAUCAACAUUAAGGAAGUCAGUAUUGGCGGAACUGUGGGGUAUGAAGUGAUUUCAGCCGAACAUAUAAACUUGCAAGCGCUGCAUGAUGACAUGGGUAUGAAUCAUGUUCCAGUUAUAUCUGUUGAAGCGGCGAAAAGAAAAGCAGAAUGCACAAAAGAAGAUAAAAUGUCCGGUGGAAGUGGCAAAAUCGCUCGAGCUAAUGUAACUAGCACAAGGGAUGACGGAAGAAAAAGCAACGCUGUAGAUACCUCACUCUCUUGUCAAGCAUCUGACAUUAUGUCUCUUCUUUCAUUACCUUCGACAAGGGAGAAACAGAGCAAAAAAGUAGGUGAAGAAAUUUUAGAACUGCUAUCUAAGCCAACGGCCAAAGAACGUUCUUUAGCUGAAAAGUUCAAAUCGCAGGGCGGUGCACAAGUGAUGGAAUUCUGUCCUCAUGGAACACGUAUCGAAUGUAUGCGAUCAUCGGAAGCAACUCCCGAAGCGAAGGAAGGCAAUGAUAAAAAAACGAUCAAUAACAUAGAGGACGAAGAGAAAAGCGAAUGCGACGACGAAAAUGAGGUUAUCAUCGCUAAGGAUGAUGAGUCCAGCCAAACAGAUUCGAUUGAGGGAAAUGUAAUUAAAAAAGAAUUGAUCGAAUCUGACACGACAGGUACUGAAACAUCAACGGAAAUCGAAGAGGCAAAGACAAAAUACCAAUGCAAUAAACUGCAUUUUAAAAAAAUUAUUCAAAACCACACUGACGAAACAUUGGGAGAUUGCAGUUUUCUAAACACUUGCUUCCAUAUGGAUACGUGUAAAUACGUUCACUAUGAGGUAGAUACUUAUGUGGGCCAAACUCCCAGCAUAAUACCAGCAAAAUUUGAACCAAACGAGGAACGCGCUGCUGGGCAAAAAAGACAUACAGCUGAUGCUUGUGCUACAUUAUAUCCACCUCAAUGGAUCCAGUGUGACUUGCGGUUCCUCGAUAUGACGGUAUUGGGUAAAUUUGCGGUAGUUAUGGCUGAUCCUCCGUGGGAUAUUCACAUGGAGUUACCUUACGGUACCAUGUCAGAUGAUGAAAUGCGUCAACUAGGCGUACCAGCGCUGCAGGAUGAUGGUCUAAUUUUCCUUUGGGUUACUGGACGCGCAAUGGAGCUGGGUCGUGAAUGUUUGAAGUUGUGGGGCUAUGAAAGGGUGGAUGAAUUAAUUUGGGUAAAAACUAAUCAACUACAACGCAUAAUACGAACAGGGCGUACCGGUCAUUGGCUGAACCACGGCAAAGAACAUUGUUUGGUGGGUAUGAAAGGUAACCCGCCGAAUUUAAACCGCGGACUUGACUGCGACGUAAUUGUGGCCGAAGUAAGAGCCACAAGCCACAAGCCAGAUGAAAUUUACGGAAUUAUCGAACGACUGAGCCCUGGAACACGAAAGAUAGAGCUAUUUGGCCGACCGCACAAUGUGCAACCCAAUUGGAUAACUCUUGGCAACCAACUUGACGGAAUACGUUUAGUGGAUCCUGAAUUGAUAAAUUCCUUUCAGAAGCGUUACCCCGAUGGUAACUGUAUGACUCCGGCAAAAAAUCCCUAAUAAGCGCCGUACUAAAGGCGUCAGUAGAAGUAAGAGAAGCCGAAAAACGAGCAAUUUCGCGACUACAGAACAUUACACAGACGUUGCUGCAUCUUAACACAACAUCGUUAAUACGUCAAGGAAUUGGUCGUGAUAGCAGCAGGAUGACGGGUGCAGUGGAUAACUUAACUAUCAUACAUUACAAUGACGUAUAUAACAUCGAUGCAAACAGCAAAUCUGAACCUAUUGGUGGAGCUGCACGGUUUUGCAUGGCGGUCAAAUCAUUUCAUCAUCUAAAUCCUCUGAUCCUGUUUAGUGGUGAUGCAUUUUCACCAAGCAUGCUUAGCACCUUUACAAAAGGAGAACAGAUGGUUCCUGUAUUGAAUGCUAUCGGAACUCAUUGUGCAGUAUUUGGGAACCAUGACUUUGAUCACGGAUUGGACGUGCUACACGCCUGGGUUGAAAAGACUAACUUUUCCUGGUUAAUGUCUAACGUAGUUGAUAAUGAAACUGGACGACCAUUGGGUGGUGGUAAAAUUACUCAUAUUAUGAAUCACAAUGAGGUGAAAAUAGGUUUGAUUGGUUUAGUAGAAAAAGAGUGGCUAGAUACGCUUCCAACGAUUGAUCCAAAUGAAGUAACGUAUAUUGAUUUUAUUAAAGCUGGAAACCAACUAGCAGAUGAACUGCACAAUCAGGGUUGUGAUGUUAUUAUAGCUUUAACACACAUGCGAACACCUAAUGACAUAGAGUUGGCCAAACACAGCGGUCACAUAGACCUAAUAUUAGGUGGACAUGAUCAUGUGUAUGAAAUAUUAAAUAUUGAAGAUACACAUGUCAUUAAAUCAGGCACAGAUUUUAGGCAAUUUUCGAAGAUCGGCAUAAACCUAGAUCGUAAUAAAAAUGGUAAAAUCAAUAUAAACGUGGAGAAAAUUGAUGUUAAUUCUACAAAGUAUUCGGAGGACGCUACGCUCAAAGAAGAAUUAAAAAAAUAUGCAGAUACAAUCGAAUCGAAAAUGGAUGAAGUGCUAGGAACGUUUACUGUAGAGUUGGAUGGAAGAUUUUCUGCUAUUCGUACAUCUGAGACCAAUCUUGGAAAUUGGAUUUGUGAUGUGGCACUAGCAGCCACUGGAGCUGAUUGUGUUAUUAUCAAUUCUGGUACGUUUCGUUCCGAUCAAAUUCAUCCUGCUGGACCAUUUACCAUGCAUGACUUGAUUAACAUAAUACCGAUGCAAGAUCCAUUGAUCGUGUUAGAAGUUUCCGGAAAAAUUUUGCUCGAAGCACUUGAAAAUUCGGUGUCAACGUACCCGAAACUGGAAGGAAGGUUUCCGCAGGUAGCCGGAAUGUCAUUUGUGUUCGACCCAUCAAAAAGUUCAGGAAAACGAGUAGAAGCAAAACUAGUGCGUGUCGGGGAUGAAUGGUUGAAUUUGGAACAAACAUAUUCACUAUGCAUUAAAAGCUAUAUAUAUGGAGGUUGUGAUGGUUAUACCAUGUUCAAAGGAUGUCGAGUACUUAUGGACGACGAUGCUGCACCAGAACUUGGAUUGGCUAUCCAGAACCAUUUCAAAGCAAUUGAUGUUCGUUUAGGAAAAACUCACCACACUAAACAUCGCCAAUCGCUUGUAACUCUGUCACGGCGCCACAGCAUGGUACAGAUGCUUGAAAACCUAGAGCUGGAUGGCCCGACCCCAAUCAGACGAAAGUCUUCCGUGACGAUACCAAAAAUGGAACACAUUUGUAAUAAUCGUGGCAAACUUUUACGUCGCGCAUCGCUGGACGAUUUGGAACAAAACAGCUGCCAGCUUGCACCAGCCAUUCAACAUAGAAUUAUUCUCGUUCAAAGUGAAGAUCACAUUCGAGAGAUGAUUUUGAGACGAGAAACUAUUGAAAAAACUUGUGUUAUUAAGGAGACCGACGAGCUUACUCCUUAAACUUCUAGUAUUGGCAUUUGUCGGAAUAUUCUAAUACAACAUAGAUGAAAUGAAAAUAAACUUACAAGUGAAUAAACAGCACA